AUGGAAGUGGAUGCGUCGGCCUCCUUCGAGAUUACCCAGGUCAAGGCCCUGCAAGGGCACAGCGAUCGGGUGUGGCACCUGGCCUGGUCGCCCUCCGGCAACCUGCUCGCCAGCUGCUCCGGAGACAAGACAAUACUCAGCAGCAGCAGCAGCAGCAGCAGCAGCGCCACCAAUAAUGAGCAUUGGCCUCUCGCCCUCUUCCGCGGUCCUGCUCACUUGCUGCAUUUGGCGGCGGCGGUGUCUGCGUUGGUGGUGGUGGCGGUGGUGGCUCGGGAGCACAUUCACCUGUGGGGCAGGGAGGGCACCGAGUGGGUGUGCAAGGCCAUCCUCGAGGAGGGACACCAGCGGACGAUACGGCGGGUGGAGUGGUCCCCGUGCGGACGCUACCUGGCGUCGGCGUCGUUCGACGCCACCACCUCCAUCUGGGAGAACCAGCAGGGCGAGUUCGAGUGCAUCGCCACGCUGGAGGGCCACGAGAAUGAGGUCAAGGGCGUGGCGUGGGACGCCAGCGGCGCCCUCCUCGCCACCUCCUCCCGCGACAAGAUGGAAUCGAACAAGGAGUUCGAGUGCGUGAGCGUGCUGCACGGGCACACCCAAGACGUCAAGUCAGUCAAGUGGCACCCCACCAAGGAGGUGCUAGUGUCGUGCAGCUACGACGACACCAUCAAGCUGUGGGCCGACGACCAGGACGAUUGGUACUGCCUCGACACGCUCACCGGCCACACCUCCACCGUGUGGGAAGUCGCCCUCAGCAAGGACGGCGAGCGCAUGGGCACGGCUACCCACCACCACCACCACCACCACCACCACCAAUACUCCCCCCCCCAUCGGCUUCGCAUGGCAAGCACGGGCGAUAUCAUCCGCGUGGACUGGAGCGCCGGUGGACUGAUCGUCAGCGGGGCGGCCGACGACACCUUGCGGAUAUUCGCCCUUGAUGCCGCUUCUUCGAGUGCGGACGGGCACCAGGAGCCGUACAGGCUGCUCUGCGAGAAGACGCAGGCGCACUCCUCGGACAUAAACUGCGCCCAGAACGUGGAGCCCAUGGCUCUGCACACGUGGUGCCCCACGGACCCCACCUUGUUGGCGUCGUGUGGGGACGACAACGCCGUGCGCAUUUGGCAGGUCGCCAGGAAGGCUUGA